ACAGUAUUUUUUAUACAUUUUUUUGUGACACAAAUAUUAUUAGUGAAUACCUUAUAAUAAUAAUAAUUUUUAACUAAUAAUAAUAAUAAUAAAAUCCUAUCGACAAUAAUCAUAAUAACUAUAAUAAUAAUAAUGAACUCAAUGUUGCAAAUAGUUUACGACAUCAGCCUAUUGUUGUACUACUGGUUGGAAGGGAUUGUCCUGUUUUUUGUACCCAAACGGCUCCGGUAUAAGUCGGUUACGGACGACAUUGUAUUGAUUACUGGCGGCGGUAGCGGUUUGGGUAGGCUAUUGGCCUUGAGAUUUGCCCGACGCGGUGCUCGGGUAGUCGUCUGGGAUAUUAAUAAACAGGGAUUGGAUGAGACCCUGAGGCUGAUUGAUGGCGAAAAACAUGUCGGUGUCACCGCCGAUAACAAUGAUAUCAAAAUCAAAAGUGCCUACAGCUAUGUAUGCGAUGUAUCCGAUAGGGCACAGGUAUACGAAACGGCCAAACAGGUACGCGAAUCGGUCGGUAAGGUAACCAUUUUGGUCAACAAUGCCGGCAUUGUUAGUGGGAAACGAUUUCUGGAGACACCCGACGAUCAUAUAUUGCGGACGUUUCACGUGAACGCCAUUUCACACUUUUGGACAAUCAAAGCGUUUUUACCCGAUAUGAUGACCAGCACCCGUAACGGCAACAACAACAACAACAAAGGUUACGGCCACUUGGUAUCGGUAGCCUCGGUUGCCGGCCUAAGCGGUACUGUCCGUCUGACCGACUAUUGUGCCUCAAAAUUUGCGGCCGUAGGUCUGGACGAGUCCCUGAGGCUGGAGCUCCAGUGCGACGGCUAUACGGGUAUUAAGUCGACAGUUGUUUGUCCCUAUUUUAUCAACACUGGUAUGUUUGACGGUGUCAGCUCCAGUAUAAUACCUAUACUGGAGCCCACCUACGUGGCCGAUGAGAUAAUGUCGGCCAUACUAACCAAUCAGGAGGUGCUGGUUAUACCCAAACUAUUUUAUACAUUGUUGAGCUUGAAAUCUUUACUUCCAACGAAAGCCUCAUUUAUUACAUUGAAUAACACAUUUGGUUUCACAAAAACGAUGACUGAAUUUAAAGGCCAUUCAAAAUGAAUAUAUUUUGAGAUAUAUAUAUAUACAGUAUAUAUAUAUCCGAU